AUGGCUGCGGAGCCUUGGUUUCCAGGGCCACUGUCCCUGGGUCCUGGAGAGACGCCUCCCAUGGAGGAGGACGACGUGGAACCCAGGGAGCAGCCCUGCGCACAGGCCAAGUGGUCCUCAUCCUCCCCUGGCCGACCGGAGGCUCCCGGGGAGCCCGAGCCCGAGGAAGGUCAGGCGCAACAGAUGCUGAAGGCACCUGCAGCCGCCACCGCUGCCCAGACGCCCGCUGCGGAGGAGCCCGGACCAUCCCCAGCUCGCCUGUCACUGGACGCAAUGUUUAGUCCCAUCACCGAGCAGCUCCGCUACCUGCUCAAGAAAGCAGAUGACUUCCAAAGCUACUUGCUGUACAGCUGGGACCAGGUGCACAAGGAGCAGCUGGCAAGGGCCAUGCCCACCUUCUUAAAGAUGUGCGAGCCCUACUUCCUGUACCUGGAAGCUGCGGCAAGGAGCGUGCCCCCCAUCUAUGGCACCCUGCAGGAGCUGGUCCGAAAGGGGCUACUGGACAUCUCCCAGCAGCUGACCCUGCGUCUGGAGCAGCUGGUCCUCAUGUACGCCUCCUUUGGGUUCGUGGACCUGGACGAGACGGAUCCCCUGAGCAUUUCCUGUUUCUUCUGCGGGAGGUUCUCCAUCAGCCCUUCCCAUGAAGUGUCCAUCUUCAGAUACUGCACCCCAGCUGCCUACACUGCUGGCCGGUUCCCCCGAUACCUCUACAAGAAGAUACGCUGGAACCUGGAGACCACUCCAGAAGCUGCCGGCCAGGGGAAAGAGUCCCACGUGGAUUACUAUUUCUUGUGCUAUCGAGACACAUGGGAGGAUGCCAAUCAGGGUCCAGCCAACGCGUGCCCGCAGAUCCAGAAGCUGUGGUCCAUCGGCCGGUGGGUGCCCCUAGGGCCAGCGGAGGAUGACCUUUACUCAUGGAUCCUGUGCCCACAGCCGCCUGGGGACUACCAGCAACUAAUGACCAUCGGCUUCGAGGAGCCUUCGCACAUGCUGGCCACUGACCUGCUGGUACAGAUCCUCCUGGGUCAAGCAGGCCCGGCCGGACCUCCGAGCGCUACGUGGGUUGCACCGGGGUCUUGAACCUUGGAAGCAAAGUGGGAGGUGGACCUUGACAGUCCCAAACUC